AAUGCCUUGUGCACCCCACAUGCUCACAAUGCCACUGGUCAAAGUCACUUGUUCCACCCACACUGCUAAAGGAAAAGCAAGUGCACGUUGAAUGUAAACAUCUGGCGGUCUGCUCUGACACAAGUAACUCUAUAAGGUGACAGUGCACACAGGAAGACAUUAUGAGAAGAAGUGGAGCAAGCGGAAGAGAAAGUGGAACACAUGUGGACAAUGGUGGCAUAAAAGAAAGCUCAAAAACUAUUCUUCAAACACCAAAGCAUAUACCAGACUCUAAAGCUCAAGAAACUCCUCACGGCCUUUCUUCAUGUCUCUCAGAGAAUUCUGGUCUUAUCUCUUACAACUUCUCUUCACACUCAGACAGACUCUUCACUCACUUACACAACCUUUGCAAGGAAGAAUUACUCCUGGACUGCACCUUUAUCAUUCAAGGAAAAUCCUUCCAAGCUCACCGGCUUGUUCUAGCAGCUAUCAGUCAAACCCCAAAUGCAUUUUUAGGUUCAAAAGAAAUGCCAGGGCUUGGAGUGGAAGAAACUGCACAAUGUUUGACACCAGUUGGGUUACGGGCUAUCAUGGAGUUUGCAUAUUGUGGACAUGUGGCCAUGGACUUGAGUAAAGAGCAGGUAAAUGAGGAGGUUUUAAAUGCUUCUCAAUGUCUCCAGAUGGAGAGGCUGAAAGAAAGUUGCAUAUCAAAGAUCAAAACUUCUGCUGCAAAAGAGAGAGAGAAGAGCUUGGCUAUCAUCAAAGACAUGUGGAAGAGAGGAGAAGGAUGUGAUGUCACAAUACAAGCAGAGACUGGAGAGAAAUACUCAGCACAUCGCGUGGUGUUAGCAGCAGCAGGAGACUAUUUCCGGGCAUUGCUGUGCGGAGGGUUACGGGAGUCUUGCCAGGAAGUCGUGUGCCUGCGAGGUGUGUCGUCUUGGGUGAUUGAAUCCAUGCUCUAUUUCAUUUAUAACGGCCAGCUCAGACUGAACUGGAGUCGGAUUUGGGAGCUUACAGAUGCAAUGCUUCAGUUCCAGCUGGAGGGGGCGCUUUCGCUGUGCAUUGAGUUCCUGCAGGACAGAAUGGACGAAAGCACAUGUCUAGAUGUGCUGGUCCUGGCUGACACCUACGGGCUGGUCCAGCUAGGGCAGGCAGCCGAGGAGUAUAUUGCAGCCCACUUCCAGUGCGUCUCUUAUGGGGAAAAGUUCAAGGAUAUUCCCUUUCACCUCCUUGACAAGCUUCUUAAGAAGGACUCCUUGUCUGUAGAGAGUGAGAUUGUGGUGUUCAAGGCAGUAGUGAGCUGGGUGGAGGACAACCCUAAAGAGAGACUCCAAUGCCUGUCCAGCCUGCUCCUUCAUGUUCGGAUCACACUCUUCAGCUAUGCUGAACUUCAGGAGGCCCUUAGUUGCAGCAUCUUACUCAGGAGCCCUGGUGCAAGGAUAACACUGGUAUCCCUCCAAAGUCUCAUUGAAGGGGAUUACAGAGGGCCUAAAUAUCAUCCUCGCACCAAAAACCAGGUCCUGGUUUUGGUAGGUGGGGACACUGUUGAUGAUGAAUUCAUGAAGAGGGUUCCCAGCCAGACCCUGUGGUUUGCUCAACAGUUCCACCGUGGGCCCGGUUUAAGAAGGAGCAUAGAAUGGAAACCAUUUGCAAAGUUUCCUGAACCUGCGCGAUUCAGACACUGUGUCUGUCUCUUGAACAACAAACUGUAUGUGUUGGGAGGACGAAAAUACUAUGGAGCACUGGACAUCCUCAAGUCAGCAGUGAGGUUUGACCUGACACAGUGCAAAUGGGAACAGCUCCCUGACAUGUUGCAUCAACGGGACUACUUCUCCGCACUGUGCCUAGAUGGGAAGGUUUUUGCUCUUGGGGGAAAUCACAAUGACCAUCAAUACCACGAUGCUGUGGAAUAUUACAGUCCUGAGGAGAACACGUGGAGGCUGGCUCACCCUCUGGACACAGCUGUUUGUGGCCAUGCUGCAGCUGUUCUGGAUGGGCAGAUCUAUAUUUCUGGUGGUUCUGACUCCCAUCACCAUUGCCUCUCAUCUAUGUGGCGCUACCAUCCUUCCCGUGGCUGUUUUCCCAGAUCACCCAUGACCGUGGGAGCAGGACGUGCAGGCCAUACAAUGUUAGCUUUAGGAAGGCGGUUGGUAGUAGCUGGAGGGCUACAGCCUCUCUGGAUAGGCUUUGGAGAUCAGCUCUUGUGUGAGCUGUAUGACCCUACACAGGACUCCUGGUCCUCGUUUCCCACUCUGCCUCGAGCUCAUCUAUCACCAGGAGGAACUGUACUUGAUGGUAAAUUGUAUGUAGUAGGAGGUUCUUCAGCAAACACAGCAAGGGAUACCAAGUGGGUGCAUUGCUAUAACCCUAAAGAGCAAUGUUGGGAAAACCUGGGUGCUAUGCCCUACCCAUAUACUGAUCUGGCAGCUUGUUCACUGCCAUGCCCAGAUGUGGUUAAUCAUCAAUAAAAUCUUUAAGUAGUAGUUGAUUCUCUAUACUGGUUCAGAGUGUUACAUGCAAAUCUGCUCGUGAAACUCCGGAGUCUGAUAACAGAGUAUUGCACAGUAGAACAAUUUAAACUGAUCCAGCAAUGAUUACAUUUGCAAGCAGACAAUAGGUUAGGUGUGGACCACAUUAGUCAAGUCAAGCAGAUUUUGAUACUAAUUCCUUCCAUGAACCAUAAAGGCUCUUGAAGCUCAUCAGAAAUUUUUUUGCCUUUUGUUAUUUUUUUUUAAAAUUCUGACACAGGUUGGCGCUAGCUUAACUGGUAGAAGUAAUCAGAAGGUUUGUGGUUCGAUCCCUGGCUGCUCCAGCAUGCCAAAUAUCUUUGUGCAAGAUACUAACUGUUAACUCUAAACAUUGUUCUCUCCAUGAAUGGGUGUGUAUGUUUGCUAGAAAGCACUUGCAUAGAAAAACCAUAGAAAAAAAGUUGCUUGUAUGAAUGGGUGAAUGAGGCAAGUUGUGUAAAGUGCUUUCUGUCUAAGCUUAGAGUGCUCAGUUACAGUAGAAAAGUGCUAUACAAGAACCCUUUCAUUUGCCAUUUACACUAUCUGAAAAUGUGCUUGCAUAACCUAACACCAUAAAAUUAAUCAUUGAAACUAAUGAGUCAAGUGUGAAAAUGCAAGAGCAAAACAUUUGCCGUUGAGCUCAGAUUAGAUGUGAAUCUGAGCUCACUAAACUAAAUGUUUUCCAAGUAAUCAUUUUGUAUCUUGAGCAGUUUCAACCGAAAGCUUAUCGAUGCUGCCAUCAAGUAGCAGCCAGUGCAUUUCAGGUGCAUGAAAAAGCAUUUUCAAAUACCACAGUGACACUGCUUCAUUUAAAAUACACACAGACACACAAAUAAAAACAAAUGUUUGUAGGCAGUGGAUGUGAUUAUUUACCUUUUGCUAGUUUGAAUCAAACACCCUCUGGCAGCACAAGCACACCAACAUAUUUUUGUAUGCUCUUGCAAAUAUUUUGAGGUAUUAAUACAUGUCAUUAUAUCAAAGUGUACUGUAGUAUAUGAAUGCACUAACUUUUCUGUUUAAUAACAUCACAAGAAGACUAAUAAAAAUGUCGUGGCAUUGCACAUGUAUAAACUAAUUCUAAUUUAAUGUAAUGCUUUUUAACAUAUUGAUCUGAGGCCCAGAUGAACCCACACUUGUGAUGGUAGGACACACCCAUAUAGGUCAAAAUCACAGCAGGCCCUGUUAAGGCCGUAACAUGUACAAGAGAAAAGACUCAACAAAGGAAUUAAGAUCACAGAGAAUGCAUCUGUAUAUGCUCCAGAUUUCUGUGCUCCACCUCCGCCUAAAGAUGCAAUGAAAUAUUCAUGUGAAUUUACUGUUGUACUCAACUAAUUCAGUCAGUUUGCAGAGAGUGUUGUCUCCCAUUUCUAAUGACUGUAUAUUAUGCAAAACCCUGCACAAUUGUGGACAGGUGCUGUUUCAAAUGUGAUUUCUAUUUAUGUUCAGUUUAAUGGGAUUAAUGACAUGUUAAUCUUUAACUUUCAUUCAAAUGUUAAAAAUACACAUAAAAAAACAGACAUCCAAAAGUAACUUGACAUUUUAGUUAAAAUGUUACCUACAUUAAAAUUUCAAUAGUCCAAA